UUGCCUCGAAAACUCGUCGGUUUGCAUUCCAGUGUUUCGCCGGACGCUGCCGUCGUAGCAGCAGCAGCAGCAGCUUCAGUACCUUCGUAUAUUAUACAUCUCUUCCUUGCACCGCCUCGUUCCUCGUAUAUCGGAUCUGCAGUUUUGUUAUAUACACAAGGAAACGGUGUCGAUUGUCGCGCGUUUUGUCAACAUUGCCCGUCAGAAUCGAAUCGCGUCCGGAAUCAAAUACAUCGAAAUCAUAUCUUACAGUAUUAUAAAUAUCGAUCGAAAGAUGAAUGCAGUGUUGUUUUGGUUGUCGCCGAGAUCGGCGCAGCAGAGGCAAUUGUGCUGGUUGGUGGUUUAGUGCCCGUACGAGCUGCCCACGGCGGACGAGAUGAGGUGCUGCUACCGCUGCUGCACUGGAGAGCUACCGAUACAGCGAGCGCAAGCGAUCGACAAGGAGGAUUAAUCGACUCGGAUUUCUAUUUGACAAGUUGGUCCGUCGUCUUCGUACAGCGGCAGGGACCGAGCCAACACAACAUGGCUGCGACAAGGAGCUUUUUCACCGAUGCGGUCUGGCUUUUCAUCCUGCUCGGAUACAUGGGCGUCUCUGGCCAGAAAUCCGAGCCUGGAAUGGUGUUCACGAAGCACCCGAGGGCCUUCAUCGCGCCGCUCGGCGACGAGGUGAACUUCGAGUGCAGCCUCAACCUCGCCGCGGAGAAGUUCGUCUGGCGACACAGGCCCCUCGGUUCCAAGGACUGGAGGCUCAUCGACUCGGCUAGUCCCGCUGGCGGCAAGACGUCCAAGCACGUCGUCUACUUCGACGACGAGUCCAAAGCCGGCGAUUAUCGAUGCGUCGCUUUUUACGGAACGAGCGGCUUGGCCUCGAACCCGGCGCGACUGACCCAGGCGCGGAUCGAGCGCUUCGUCGACCGGAGCGACGUGCACUGGACGGUGCCGGCGGGCAGCAACGUGCCCAUCAGCUGCCCGGUGCCCACCAGCGUGCCCGAGGCCAUAGUGCAGUUCUUCAAGGACGGCAGCCAGAUCGAGACUCUGGCGAGCCAGCCGGGCAGCGGCAAAGUCAUGAUCCUGGAGCGCGCCCGGGCCUCGGACUCGGGCAGCUACCACUGCCAGGCCAACAACUACAUCACCUCGGAGACGUUCACGAGCAAUCACAAGACGGUGCUGAGGGUCGUCAAGCAGAUGCCCGAUCAGGCGCCCUACUUCAUAAAGCAGCCGCUCCACGAGUACGAGGUGGAGCGCGGCAAAAAUGUCACUCUGGAAUGCUUCGCCAUUGGCUAUCCCAUUCCCCAGGUAACGUGGACGAAGCUGGGCAGCGUGCUGCCCUCGCGAUCGGCCUACUCGGCCAACGGCCUGAGCAUCUCGAACGUGCAGCCGGGCGACCGGGGCGAGUACGACUGCGAGUGGAGGAACCAGGUGGGCCAGGUCAAGGCCAGCGUCAUACUGACGGUCGUGGAGGCGCCCCAGGUGCUGCAGCCGCCCCGGCUCUCGACCUUCCCCGAGGGCGGCGAGCUCGAGCUCUCCUGCAACGCCAGCGGCCAGCCGCCGCCCAGGAUCGAGUGGCUCAUCAACGGCGAGACCCUCCAGCCGAGCAAGAACCUCGAGAUCAAGGGCUCGAACCUCUACAUCUCGCUCGUGGAGAAGAGGCACGCGGGCAUCGUCCAGUGCGUCGCCAGCAACGACUACGGCUCCCACUCGGGCUACAACUUCCUCAAGGUCAGCCCGAAGCAGCACAUGGGCGCCGCUUACAAGCCUCGAGGUGGCGGCAACGAGCACGGCAUGGCCGGGGGCGUGCACAAGCACACCCGGGGCGGCGGACGCAGAAGAGGCAAGAACGGUAAACGCAAGGAUCGAUUGGCUAUCAUGGUACCUCCGAACCAACCAAACAUCACGAGGCUCUCGGACGUCUCGGUGAUGGUGCGCUGGUCGGUGCCGGAAAAGUCCGGAUUGCCCAUUCAAUUCUUCAAGGUGCAGUACCGAGAGUUGGGCCAGAAGCCCAGCAGCAACAGUAAGCAGGCCAAGUGGAUGACCGACAGCACGGAAAUAGCCAGUCACAUUCGAUCGUUCGAGGUUUCGGAUUUGCAGCCCGAUCACACCUACCGCUUUCGCAUCGCCGCCGUUUACUCCAACAACGACAACGCCGUCAGUCCGAUUUCGGUCCGAUUCCACCUGACGCGCAAGAACGGCUUCGACACCAACACCAUGCCGAUCCCACUGCUGACGCACACGGAGGCUCUGGGACCGACGGAGAUCCGACUGCUCUGGCAGAACACCAACUACUCGGCGGACAUCGACGGCUUCUACGUGUACCAUCGGGCCUCGACCUCGGCCGGCGACUACAUCAAGACGACCGUGGAGGGCAGGAACGCGACCAACAUCACGAUCGCCCACCUGCAGCCCGACACGGCCUACGAGUUCAAGGUGCAGAGCUUCUCGGUGAGCGCCGCCUCGGAGUUCUCGCAGAUCCUCAAGCAGAAGACGAAGAAGCUGGCGACGGAGGCGCCGCCGGCCCGCCAGCCGCUCCCGGGCGCAAACAACAAGGACCACAGCACCGUCGAGACCGUCGACAGCUCCAACAUCUACGCCAUCAUCGGCGGCAUCGCGGGCAGCUGCCUGCUCCUCGUGGCCGUCACGGCCAUCGGCGUCACCUACAAGAAGAGCAAGCAGAAGCAGAGCCGCGAGCCUUCCCAGGAUCAGAGCAAGCCGAUUAGCAACGGCAGGGUACUCAACGGCAAUAUCGCCGACUCGAAGAUUAACAUAACGUCGAAUCCGCUGGCCGGUCUCGAAUCGAGCGAGGACCCGAGGCAGCAGCCAAAGGUCAGUGAUUGAAAACAACCAACAACAAAACACAAUGGCAAAUUGAUGCUUUGAACGGUUCAUUGGACUCGAUAAUGGUCGCGCUGCGCCAUCUCUCUUUUCUCUCGCUCUACUCGCUCCACUUAAAUAUAUAGUUGUUGUAUUUGAAUCUUGAGCUUGUAAGCAUCUUUGCGCUGCUACUGUUGCUGCUACAUACAUUUAUUAUAUAUUAUUGUACUUGGAUCGGCGAACCUCUGCGAGUAGUUGUGCCUCUGUCGAUCUAUCUGCGAGCUCUCGAUAUAGACGAUCGCUUGUAGCAGCUGUUGGAAAUUUCCCUCGUGGAUGAUCCUAUCCUCGUCGGUCAGUGUAUGUCUCGAUUAAACUGCCAAACGAUAUUUCCGUACGCAUACACUUUCGGACGAGCGCAUCCAGUAAAGACGAGAAGUACUCUUUCUUUUUUUCUUUCUUUCUUUCUUUCUGUCUCUCUCUGGCCUGUAAUUUUUUGUUAUCUUUCGUAUCUCUAUUACUUGGCUAUGUGGUGUCGUGCGAAAAAAAACAAAAAAAAAAAAAAA